GCUGUUGUUGUUGUUGUUGUUGUUGUUUUGUCUGUUGUUGUUGGUCGGUUCCUCGACUAUGUGAUAGCCGUGACCCAGCCACGACCGAGACAGCAACCCGGAUCGGACAGGCGCUCAGCCUGUAACGCGCACCAACACGCGACCCUGUCGUUCCAAGUGCCCCCAGGAGGUCCAAGGUCCUGCCAGCACGCCAUUUUCUCUGCAGCAACCUGUCUUGACACCUGCUGGAUCCGAGGACGGACCCGUCACACUCGCAGACCGUCGCCGUGUCGGGAAAGGGCGACACCAGAGGCCGACGCCGCGCAUACGCAGCAUUCCCACCCCUUUUCUCGACACUCCAAGCAUCACCCAAGCCGUCUUGCCACACCACGGCUGGAAACAGCACCACAAAAACUCGACCGGCUACCCCGAAGUUCGGCUUGUCGUGCCUGAUUCGCAGCUAGUCAUGCAUCAGUUAGCGACUUGACCUCGAUCCGCUGUGAAGGCUUGCUGCCCCAUUGACUCGAUUCCCGACGGCCACCGCUCCCGGCGCUUCCAUCUCGCCCCCUUUCCGCGACGCCAGCUCCCGCUACCGUCCUGACUGGCGUGAUUCGCUCGAGGCGUGUGCCAUCUGCACCGUAGAUCUCCGGCGUCGCCAUGGCCACCGCCCGUGCCUACCCCUCGAUGCGGGCGGAGGAUGCGGGAGAUGUCUGGUCGGCGCCAGGCCACAGCCAUUCACAGAGCGAGUGUGAGUCUCCCGGCCUAGAUGCGGAAGACAUGUAUGCGCGGCCCAAAGACGUACCCGAGCACCCUAUCCCAGCCAUGCAACAGGCGUUUGCCGAGUCCUACAUCGAGGCCACGACAGGCACCGCCCCGGAGAAGCCAAAACUGCGAACCAGGGAUGCCAAAGGCCGACGAGAGGAGCUGCUGGACCAGGACGAGGCCGCCGAACCGCCCAGUGCUCUAUGGCGCUACCGCCCUGGCCAGAAGUGCCAUGAGCUGCGAAAGCUGAUGGCCCAGGUCUCGUUUGGUGUUUAUCUCCUCCUUAAUGGCCUGGCCAACAGCAAUGCACAAGUUGUUUCGAUACUGCAGGGCCAUAUAGACGAGAUCGACGAGUUUCUCGAGAUGGUCAUGGAGGAUAUCGACCUGGCCUCGGCCGACCUGACGGAGCGAAUCGACUUCUUGAAGCUGCCGAUGGACAACAUGACUGUAUUCACCACCAUGCUGGAGGACCGCGCGUUCCGGCUACAGAUCGUCGAAGGCAACGCCAAGAUCGAGCACAUCCUGUCGCGGACCACCACCGCCCUCGUCCAGUCCGCCCAAGACGUCAGCGAAGGUCUGAAGUCGACCAAGCAAUUCACCGCAUACCUCGAGUCCGAGGAAAACGGCCACUGGCGGGCCGAACGUGGGGACGUGAUCGACAUAUUUGAUGCCAUGAGAGGCAACACGGAGGGCUGGCUGAAUGCAUUCAUGGACUUGCAGUCCAAGAGCAACGCCCUCAACGCUUUGAUAGUUAAACUUGACAACAUGGUUGCCCUGAUAGAUCGGACUGCAGGCAAGGUCAGCCGACGCACCAGAUUCAGCAUCCAGCCGUUCACAACCCCUGACCAACAAAGUCGACCGUCUUCUCAGAGCUCCGGCGAGUGUCCCUCUUCACCACCGUCGCAGACACCACCGGCGAGUGUCCCGGCGGCGCCUCCCCGCCUGUCGCUAAGAUUCAGCCGGACGCCUGAGGAUCGGACUUCGGACCGGACCUACUUUGAUUUGCCUGUCAGGAGCAGCUUCUUUCCCAUCAACAUGAAGGCCCCCGAAGAAGCACCCCGGGCUUCUAUGGGCCUGACUUUGAAACCGGUGGCUUACACACCACCUGACGCGCACGUCGACUCCGAUUCCGAUUCCGAAACCAGCCAGGACACGGCCCAACCAACAGGGAUAAUCGUGCGCAACGAGAGCCCAGUCCGCCCGGAUUCGCCCACCAACGAUGGCGCAUUAUUCUUACUUCAGCCCCGGACGUACACGCCAGUGCCACCUGCACCCCUCCCCUCACCACGUGUGAUAGGAAAUGCGGCUUCCAGCAACGGCGCUGCGAUAUUGACCCCGGAUAUCCCACCACGGGACCGCCGACCUUCACCAUCCCCGCGCCGACCCGACAUUCAGCCUAGGGGAGAUUCAGGUUCCCAUAUUCCUUCAAAUGUGCGCGCGGAGGCCAAGCUCGUCCAAGUUGGAUCCCCCCGCCUUCAGAUUGGGCUGGAUACGUCACUAGCAUCCCGACAUAUGCCUUCGUCUUCUCCAAGGAGUGCGCCAGUGUCAUCGGGUGAUGAUGGGCUGCGCCGACCUGGAAGGACAUCUCUCCGACAACGAGUAUCCCUCAAGACCAACCCUCCGGAAUCCAUACAUGUGCCGCCGCCCGACGCACCCGAGCUUCAACGGCCCGUGUUUGCGUCCCCAAGGACGUUCCAGGCUUAUGAAACAUUCGUUGGGCCAGAUUCCGCUUACGGUUCAGACAAUGAGCGAACCGCAGUCAACUCGAUGGCGGACCCGGCACCUGUCGACUUCUCGCCGCCCGUGUUCCCAGGCAUCCUACCGUCACCGCAUUCAGACCAGCAGUACUUCCGCCCCGUCCAAGCCAGCCCACACUCGCCGCUGCAGCAGCGGCCACACACUUCCGGCACAUCAGCCCCUCGCUAUCUCCAUCACCAGCGCAACGCCCCUUCGGCCAUGGGGAUGAGCAUGUUAAGCAGCGUCUCCACGCUCAACCACGAUGCAUCAGAAGGCCGGACGGUGAAGAAAAAACGAAGUGCGUUCGGCUGGCUCAAGAAGGCCUUCUCUUUGGAUGAAGAGGAGCGCAUGGCCUUUGAGCAGCGCAAGAACGAGCAAAGCAAAAACCUUUAUUAUGACAACCGAAGUCCUAAGUACCUUGACGGCAAACGGAUCAGGUGAUCCUGUUCCUUAGCUCAUUCCCGCAUUCACCCAACCGCACCCAACCCUGAUACCCUCAACAGCGCACCAUCUACCCUGAGCAUGUUUUUAUUCCCAUGCGGUGUAUUUUUACUAGUUCCACGCCCAUUGGCAUGGAUAAUUUGGAUUUAUGCGAAUUUUGGGUAAACAAAUAACCCUCGUUGCUGAGGCAGACUGGACGACCGCAACAAAGCAUGUUUCUGGUAUAUGCCCCACGAUUUUGUACAUUUAAGAAUCUUAGCCAAAUAUCCUGUCUUUUCUGAUUGUCGUUUUGGUAAUCCUUCCAGCCAAUAUGACGCUGGGCUUGCCUUCUCUUGCUGCGCUUUUGUGCAGACUGUAUAUGAAUAUCAUGCUACGACAGCCUCUUGUCCGCGCUUUGGGUUUGCGCCUGUUUAUUCGGC